UCUCCAGUCAGGUAGGACGGCUAACGAUUAGAAGGCGUGGUCGCGGAGGUGUAGAGGCAGACCUGCGUGGGAUGUUUUGAAUUCGACUUGUGCAACUCUGCUCAAGAAAGCUCUCUAAGCAGGAUCCUUGCGUCAGUUGUAUUGUGCCACUGAAGUGGCGCCAAAGGAAGACAGAAUGAAUCUGUACAGGAGUUUUGGGAACCUGAUGGAAAACUGGGUGGCUGAGCAAAACCCGUACCCUGAUUUGCUGGAUAAUAUUCCUGAGGAUUCCUCGCCUUCACCAAGUCGGAAGAUAGAUACAAGAGCAGAAUCAGUGGAUUCUGGCGUGGAGACAGCCAGCACUGACACUUUGUUUCCUACCUCGUCAUUGUCCAUAGAUAUGGCAGACCUGGACUCUUUUGCUUCAGGACAUGGGUAUGACUACAAGGCGAUUUCAUCAUUAGGGUCUGCUUCGCUACCUUCUUAUUCGGCGCCCCGUGCUCUUUCCAAGCCUGCCAGUCCUAACAGAGUUCAAGGGUCUGCAGCCUUGAACCAAAAAUUGAGGCAAGCCCUGCAGAGAUCAGAAUCCAGGCGUCAGUCUCGGCAACUUUCAACUGAUCGACCCCAAACCAGAUAUCCCCUGAAGAGGUCUGAGAGCUUCGGCUUAUGGGAGACCGACAGUUCGUCAGUACCGGUGGGGCCUACAUCGGACACGGACAAACGGAUUCUUUCUCUCAGAAGCAGGAUGGACCAAACUCAGGGAAAAUUGGAGGGCCGAAGUCAAAUAGACUCCACUGAUCUGAGUCCUGGAUUCAUAUUCUUGGAGCAGGUGUGCCAAAUGUUGGAGGACAGGGCCAAAAAAAAAAUUGCCAAUGGUGAACACGUGGACAAGGCGAGGUUUCUUCGCAGGCAGUCUUCCAACAGUCUUCAUUCAUUAGACCAGCCUCCUCAUUUACACGGCGCCAGGCUAGAACGGCAGGAGGAACCAAAACUUGAGGAAGAUCCUUAUGGACAGUUUCGUCCGAGAUCAGCAUCAGACACAACCAUAGCACCAGUACAUUUACGAAAGUUAAAGUUGGGCUUGAGAGGGCAGCAGCUGAGUACAUUCAACCUGUUGGACCACAGCACCAAGGACGAUAAAAUACGGGUGGACAUACCCGAUAAAAGCAACAAGAAAUACAUGUUGAAGAUUGUCUCUCUGAAGAGAGAUGAGCCCCGUUCCCAAGAAAAAAAUAGCCAACUGAUGCAGUCUUUAGAAAGAAACACCACCCAUCGGAAGUUAAGCCAAGUUUUCAGGAAGCGAUGGAGCACUCUUCCCAUUCCUACGGCACAUUGACACAACAGCAAAGUUAAUAUUAUGGAUGGUUGCUUUGGCCUUACAUGCAAAGGUAACAUCAGCUAUCAUUCUAGCUAUAGACUCCUGAGAAAGUAUAUUGGGGCAAAUAAGUAUUUCAUCAACCACCAAUUGUGCAAGUUCUCCUACUUAAAAAGAUUAGAGAGGCCUGUAAUUAUCAACAUGGGUAAACCUCAACCAUGAGAGACAGAAUGUGGAAAAAAAAAAAAACAGAAAAUCACAUUGUUUGAUUUUUAAAGAAUUUAUUUCCAAAUUAGAGUGGAAAAUAAGUAUUUGGUCACCUUUAAACAAGCAAGAUGUCAAAGAGGUCUAACUUCUUCUAACGAGGCUCCACUCAUUACCUGUAUUAAUGGCACCUGUUUUAACUCAUUAUCGGUAUAAAAGACAACUGUCCACAACCUCAGUCAGUCAACUACACUAUGGCCAAGACCAAAGAGCUGUGGAAGGACACCAGAGACAAAAUUGCAGACCUGCACCUGGCUGGGAACACUGAAUCUGCAAUAGGUAAAACGCAUGGUGUAAAGAAAUCAACUGUGGGCGCAAUUAUUAGAAAAUGAAAGACAUACAAGACCACUGAUAAUCUCCCUCGAUCUGGGGCUCCAUGCAAGAUCUCACCCCCUGGCAUCAAAAUGAUAACAAGAACGGUGAGCAAAAAUCCCAGAACCACACGGGGCGACCUAAUGAAUGACCUACAGAGAGCUGGGACCACAGUAACAAAGGCUAGUAUCAGUAACACGAUGCGCCGCCAGGGACUCAAAUCCUGCACUGCCAGACGUGUCCCCCUGCUGAAGCCAGUACACGUCCAGGCCCGUCCGCGGUUCGCUAGAGAGCAUUUGAAUGAUCCAGAAGAGGACUGGGAGAAUGUGUUAUGGUCAGAUGAAACCAAAAUAGAACUUUUUGGUAGAAACACAGGUUCUUGUGUUUGGAGGAGAAAGAAUACUCAAUUUCAUCAGAAGAACACCAUACCUACUGUGAAGCAUGCGGGUGGAAACAUCAUGCUUUGGGGCUGUUUUUCUGCAAAGGGACCAGGACGACUGAUCUGUAUAAAGGAAAGAAUGAAUGGGCCAUGUAUCGAGAGAUUUUGAGUGAAAAUCUCCUUCCGUCAGCAAGUGCAUUGAAGAUGAGACGUGGCUGGGUCUUUCAGGAAGACAAUGAUCCCAAACACACAGCCAGGGCAACAUAGGAGUGGCUUCGUAAGAAGAAUUUCAAGGUCCUGGAAUGGCCUAGCCAGUCUCCAGAUCUCAACCCCAUAGAAAAUCGGUGGAGGGAGUUGAAAGUCCGUGUUGACCAAGGACAGCCCCAAAACAUCACUGCUCUACAGCAGUGUUUUUCAACCUUUUCUGAGUCGUGGCACGUUUUUACAUUGGAAAAAAAUCUCGCGGCACACUACAAACAAAAAUGUUCCAAAAUUACUUUCUGUACAGUAUGUUUAAUUAUUAAAAAAAACAUAUAUCCAAAUCUAUAUUUAGUGUGAAACUUGAGCCUCUUUAGAUGAACCCACACCUGAUAUCCUGGCAGGAAUCUUCGUCAACAACUCUGUUUUUAUUUUUUAUAGCAGUUAGGCUUGAAAAGCUAUGAAUUAUCAGACAGGGGGUCUUUAAAAAUAUCUUGAACCGCAUCAAGGCCAAGCAUCUCACUGACAAUGCAGGCAGGAAGGUAGUAUUAACGUCCCUACCACAAUGUGGGACUUUUUACAUUUAGCAACAAGUUCAGCAACAAGGUAACUGCCUUUGAGGGCUUUCUCAUUUACCUUUGUAGUUUUUCCCAAAAAUGGUGCCUGUUUCUGUGUUUUCAUGAAGGCGAACAAAAUAGUCCAUCGACUUGUUUUGAAGCGAUCGGUGUUUCGUUGGGAGAUACCGUUUAGGCUCACUUAGCACCAUGGCACUGUUGGAUAGCUGCUCGCGUCGUGUUCAAGAACUACUCGGAUUUCUAGACAUCAGCAACCUUGCAGUCCUUGUCAAUGUGUUGGAAUAAAACACGGGGGAGAU